AAGGUAAACAGAACGCACACAAACCGGAACUUGUUGUCAUUUGCUACGUCGCUUCAACUGCAUUUAUUUUCUUUCUUUCUUUCUUUCUUUCUAAUAAAUGUAAACGCUUGAAAUUAACUCUGGAGGAAGCCGUCGCCUUAUUGGAACUAUAUUUAGUUGUAAUGAUUAUCUCAUUUUCUUGGGCUAUUUAUUUUAUAUUCGUGUCGAAGCCGUUGUUUGGGAAAAACUAGCUAGCGAGCUAACCAGUAUUAGCUAUGGGUCGAUGACGUUAAUCUAAAUUUAUUGACGUAGAUUGAAUCGUCUGGAGGCCACAGAUGGAUUUCUCAAAGUUCCUGGACGAUGAUUUUGAUGUGAAAGACUGGGUGAACGGCGCCUUCAAGGUGGUGCGGAAGGAUGCACCGGGGAAGGCGGACACGCACGCUGCGACGCUGGUUAUGAAGCUGCAGUUAUUCAUCCAGGAAGUAAACAAUUCUAUUGAGGAGACGAGUAAUCAGGCCCUGCAGAACAUGCCCAGAGUACUUCGAGAAGUGGAGGCACUGAAGCAGGAGGCGUCAUUCCUUAAAGAGCAAAUGGUUCUGGUCAAAGAGGACAUUAAGAAGUUUGAACAGGACACAGUGCAGUCCAUGCAGGUUCUAGUGCAGAUUGAUCAAGUAAAGAGUCGCAUGCAGCUGGCAGCAGAGGCGCUACAGGAAGCUGAUAAAUGGGCCACACUAAGCACAGACAUUGAGGAAACCUUCAAGACACAGGAUCUUGCAGCCAUCUCAUCCAAGCUGACCAGCAUGCAGAACAGCUUGGCCAUGUUGGUGGACACGCCAGACUACUCAGAAAAGUGUGUUCAUCUUGAGGCUCUGAAAAACAGGCUAGAAGCCCUGGCCAGCCCACAAAUAGUGUCUGCAUUUAAUUCCAUGUCUGUAGAGCAAUCCAAACUAUUUGUUAAAGUCUUCUCAGAAAUUGACAGAAUGCCGCAGCUCCUUGCGUACUACUACAAGUGUCAUAAAGGGCAGCUAGUGAGUAUGUGGCAGGAUCUCUCCCAGAGCGAGCUCAGCCUGAAUCAGCAGCUAUCCGAAUUCUACGACACCUUGCUGUCCACGUGGCACACUCAGCUCCAGUGGUGCAGCCAGGUGUUCAAGAACCCGUAUGAGGUAGUAACAGUGCUGCUGAUUCAGAUUCUUGGGGCCAUGGUUCCCUCCAUCCCCGUGUGUCUAAGCGCGGCUAUGGAACGGGCGGCCCAAGAGCAGUGCCUUAACGCCCUGCUGGAGCUUCACCGCACCACGCUCACCUUGGGACACAACUUGGAAGGCACCAUGAUGCCACAUCUCGGUGAGAAUAACCUCCUGAAGGUGAAUGAGCUUGUGUGCGUACUGUAUGACCCCUAUAAAUCUUAUCAGCUGCAGUAUGGAGAGCUGGAGGAAACACACCUCCUCAUCCAGAUCAGUGCUGUUCCUUUGGAGCAUGGUGAGGUCAUUGAUUGCGUGGAGGAGCUUAAUCUCUCUGUCGGGAAGCUGUUUGGCCUGGCAAGUGCCGCUGUGGACCGCUGUGUGAAGCUCACAGAUGGACUAGGCGUGGUUGGCCUCCUCAAGGCUCUCAAAGCGCUCUUCACCAAGUAUGUGUCAGACUUCUCAACUACACUACAGUCCAUCAGGAAGAAGUGCAAACUGGAGGAUACACCCACUUCUUCUGUGUUCCAAGAGGACUGGACAGCUUUCCAGAACUCUGUCAGAAUCAUUGCCACAUGUGGGGAGUUACUGAGACAAUGUGGUGCCUUCGAGCAGCAGCUGUCAAACAAGAUCAUGGGCACGGCAGGCAAGUACCUGUCGGAGUCGUAUAGCCCUCGCAGCCUGGCGGGCAUCAAGGAAGCCAGUGCAGCUGAGAGGAAGGGUGCCACCAAAAAUCCCUGGCAGGAGUACAACUAUCUUCAGAGGAGCAGCAUGGCGGAGUACAGCUGUCUCAUGGAAGUGCUGUACUCGUUGAAGGAGAAGGGUGCUGGCAAUUCCAACCUGUUAGCUGAGCCGAGAGGGGCACUGACCCGACUCAAUCAGCAGGCUCAACAGCUGGCCUUUGACUCUGUCUUUCUACAGAUUAAACAUCAGCUCUCACCUGUCGCCAAGAUGGAGAGUCAAGACUCGCCUGGUUUAGGAGAGAGCUACGCUGAGGACCUGCCUAUAUUCAGCCUGUCGCCACAAGAGUACAUCACAAACAUAGGUCAGUACCUGAUGUCUCUGCCGCUCCACUUGGAACCCUUUGUGACACAGGAGGAUCCAGCAUUAGAGUUGGCAUUGCAUGCUGGGAAGUUACCUUUUCCUCCAGAUCAAGGUGAUGACCUGCCUGAGCUGGACAACACAGCGGACUACUGGCUGGGCUCCAUCGCUCGGGCAACCAUGCAGACGUACUGUGACACCAUCCUGCUCAUUCCUCAACUCAGCGCACAUUCCACCAAACAGCUGGCCACAGAUAUUGACUAUUUGAGCAACGUGAUGGAUGCUCUCGGCCUGCAGCCCUCUCGCACCCUCCAACAUAUUGUCACCCUGCUGAGGGCCAAACCAGAAGACUACAGACAAACCUCCAAACAGUUACCUCGGCGUCUGGCGUCUACCAUAGCCAACCUCCGCUCCAUUGACUACUAAAAACAGCCUUUUCCACCCCCUCCUCCCUUUCUUUGCAUUAACUACAUUGGUGUGAAAAAGUGUUUGCCCCCUUCCUGAUUUCUUAUUUUUUUGCAUGUUUGUCAUACUUAAAUGUUUCAGAUCAUCAAACAAAUUUAAAUAUUAGUCAAUGACAACACAACUGAACACAAAAUGCAAUUAAAAUUUAAAUGAAACUUUUUAUUAUUAAGGGAGAUACAGUAAAUAUCAAAACCUACAUGGUCCUGUGUGGAAAAAGUGGUUGCCCCUUAAACCUAAUAACUGGUUGGGCCACCCUUAGCAGCAACAACUGCAAUCAGGUGUUUGCGAUAACUUGUAAUGAGUCUCUUACAGCGCUGUGGAGGAAUUUUAGCCCACUCAUCUUUGCAGAAUUGUUGUAAUUCAGCCACAUUGGAGGGUUUUUGAGCAUGAGCCGUCUUUUCAAAGUCAUGUCACAGCAUCUCAAUAGGAUUCAGGUCAGGAUUUUGACUACAUCACUCCAAAGUCUUCAUUUUAUUUUUCUUCAGCUAUACAGAGGUGGACUUGCUGGUGUGUUUUGGAUCAUUGUCCUGCUGCAGAACCCAAGUUCGUUUCAGCUUGAAGUCACGAACAGAUGGCCAAUUUUGUUUGACUGGCCACUCCUGGGAAGGUUCACCACUGUUCUUUGUUUUCGUCAUUUGUGGGUAAUUGCUCUCACUGUGGUUCGCUGGAGUCACAAAGCUUUCGAAAUGGCUUUAUAACCUUUUCUAGACUGAUAGAUCUCAAUCACUUUCUUUCUGUUGGUAGGGUGUGGGGGGGUGGCAUUUUUGCUCAGUUGUGUUGACAUUGACUAAUAUUUAAAUUUGUUUGAUGAUCUGAAACAUUUACGUGUGACAAAUAUGCAGAACAAUAAGAAAUCAGGAAGGGGGCAAACACUUUUUCACACCGCUGUAUGUCUACUGAGGUGACUGUACACCAAUGCACAUUGUGCACAAUACAACAACAGGACAUGUUGGCAGUUUCUGCUUUGCUACUUUCCAAGAAGAGGGUAUAUGUAAGAGCAUUUAAUUACUUAUCAUGCUAAUGUUGCUAAUUAGAAUGAAGAUUUGUAACAUAAACAGCAUAGAUGUGCGUGGACAUGUCCAAUAUUUUUUAACGUAUGCUGUAAAUGUGUACAUAAAGCAUUUACACAAUAUAA